CGUUGGAGAAACUGAGGUGGACUAACCGAACUCUUACAAAACUUCAUUUCUGCUCAUAAAAUUGAUAUUUUAUUCAUUGUAUGUUUUAAAAUUCGACUGUUUUUGGUUUUGGGAGAGUUGUUACGAUAAUUCGUGCGUUUUCUUUUUGUUGAGGCUGUUUAGAGUGGAAAAGUUGUCGAAAAACGGUCAACUUCUGCUAACAAACUGGAUGUUCGGUGUUUUAAAUCUAUAAACGUUUGACCGUUGGGUUUAAAUAUGGAGGUUUGUUUUGUUUUUGGUCCUGAACUUGCCUAAACAAACGUUUUUUGGGGGAUUUGUGACGUUUCUCCCGACUUUUUCGUUCCACUUCAGAGAACACUUCAGGAUUUUUUACUGUUCCUUCAACUCGCGUCUUUCAACCAUGGCGAUAAAUGACUGUUGUGGAUUUUAACUGAGUUCAAACUGCUGUAAUAGAGCCCGGUAACAGGACCAGGAUUGAUGUGUUUGUACCGCCGGAGUUCGUUGGACCGGUGCGGCCGUUAGGAGCUCGUGCGCUGCAGUUUGAAUGCCUGCGCGAGGAAUUUGCGGGUGGCUGUGCUGCACGCGAGGAUUCCGUCUGCUGGGGCGCGAGCAUGGAGCCAAAGAGGAGGAAGAGGAGGAGGAAGAGUCGUUCGAGUUGCGCAACAAGGAGGAGCGGGGUCAGCUGGAAGUGACUCUUUCUCAGCCCACUCGAUCUGCCAAUGGCACACCCAGUCUGUCAGGAGUUUCGGAGGACAAACUGAUUAACGACAGGAAAGUGAAGAUGGAGGAUGACCCAGAGGUCCUCGUCAAGGGCUGGCUGCUGCGUGAGGUGCAGACCGGUUGGAUCAAAUACAGAAGAUUCUGGUUCACGCUGACGGCCGAUUCCCUGGAGUGUUACAGCGGACCUGAGAAGGAUGCCCGUACACUGGGCAUGCUCGUGCUCACCUCACUCUGCUCCGUCCUCUGGCCCGACAAACACACCUACAAACAGACAGGUUAUUGGAGCCUGACUGUGUUCGGACGGAAACACAGCUACAAACUCUUCACUAAACACUUUAACGAGGCUGUGCACUGGGCAUGUGCUGUACAAAAGGUCAUCGACAGCAAAGCACCGGUAGAGACACCGACUCAGCUCCUCAUACGGGACAUCGAGGAGAAUAAGUUUAACCCUGAGGUGGUGGAGCACAUCUACCAGCACAACCCUAUUCUCACAUACACGCAGAGUCCUCUGUAUGCCCCCCUGCUGCCAUUUUCCUACGGCAGCCUGGAGCACAUUCAUAUGGACGGCAAAGGUUACGUGUCCGUGCGGGAGGAGGCAGUCCGGCUCUUUAACUGCGUGCAGCAGCUGGAGUUGGAGCGAGAGCCCAUCCCCCUGAUUCAGGGCGUCCUGCAGACCUGCCUCGACCUCCGACCUCUAAGGGAUGAACUCUACUGCCAGCUUAUAAAACAGACCAGCAUCACGACCACGCAGAAACACACGGACACGCGGACGAAGACCAGCGUUCAGCUGCGCUACUGGCAGCUGCUGACUUGUGCCAGCUGCACCUUCCUGCCCAGCAGCCUAGUCCUCCGAUACCUGCGCUUUCACCUGAAAAGAGUGCAGAGCGUAUGUGUGGACUCGGAGGUGGAGAGCUAUGCGUCCUUCGUGGCUCAGGCCCUGGAGAAAACACGUUGUCGAGAAUGUGUUCCCUCCUGGGAGGAGAUCCAAGGCCUCAUGGCACGACAGGAGAUGUUGUGCACCGUACACUACCCCGGACCUGGCUGCUGCAGGAUCCCCAUCAGCUCGCACACUACGGCUAAUGAGGUGGUGAGGAGGGUGGCCGAGCAUCUCGGCUUGCAGCAAAGUCGCAACACUUUCGCUCUUUUCGAGCAAAGGGGCGCCUGGGAAAAAGCCAUUGCAGGUGGCACCAUCAUUGCUGAUGUCCUCACCAGGUUUGAAAAUCUGUCAGCAAAAGAGCCAGAGCCGGAGUGUCAGUGGAGGCUUUGCUUUAAGCUCUACUGCCUUCUGGAUACAGACAGCAUCAGCACAGACAGCAUCGAGUACUUCUUUCUGUACGAGCAGUGUCAUGAAAUGGUGGUGCGUGGACAGUUUCCGGUCUGUGAGGAAGAUCUGCUCACUCUGGCUGCUCUCAGGCUGCAGGCUCUGCUGGGUGAUUAUGGCUCGCUGGCACCCUACCCAGCACUGGAACAGCUGUACCCAGCACGGGCGCUGGAGAGCCGGGCACUGUGUCCACCUCCCGACGUUCCAGGGUGUCCGACGUUCCCCGCAGGGCUGCUGGGGUCACUGUGGAGUCAAAAGCGGCGGGACGGUCAAGAGCAAAGGCAGCGCGCCAAGCUGCGUGACGAGGCCACCGCUCUUUCGGCCAACAUCAUGGAGCGAUGGAAGUCUCUGAGCGGAUACAGCCGAGCGGACAGCAUGGCUGCCUACCUGGCCAUCGUCCGCCAGUGGCCAGGUUUUGGCUGCACACUUUAUGAAGUGGAUUUUUACAUGAGUUCAAACGGAAGUUUUUCCCAGCGCCUUUGGUUGGGUGUGGCUGCGUCCUGUGUGUCUCUGUAUCGACCGGGAGAAGCCGAGGCUCUCGAGUCACUGCCCAUCACUCAGAUCUGCUCUUACGGCGUCUCUGACAGCAACACCUUCACCAUCACUGCCACUGAUCGUCACCUGCUGUUCCACACUUCUGAGCUGACUGAGAUCAUGCAGCUGAUGAAUGCCUACUUCAGUGCCACCCAACGCCAGCUGGCCAAGGAUGACUGCAUUACCAUGGAAACCACCCCCAAGCUCCAUCCCUGCUUGCUGGAACUGCCCUCUCACCCUGUGUGAAGAGACACGCACAUGCGCACUCGCACGUGCAUUAAAAUCUUGUCGGUUGAUUGGUCGUCCUUUCACAUGGCGGCCAAAUGUAUUUUUAUAAACUCAAUCCAUCAACAGAAGAUUUUUCUCUUUUUUAUAAAGACAAAAGGCCGAACAGGGCGUCCAGCCAGAAGUCCCAGAAUUCACCAUAUCAGCAUUUGUUGAACUGAAAGAAGGAGACGUUUUCUCUCACGCACACUCACACACACACACACACACACACGCACGCACAGUCUCUCUUGGCUUUUCCUGGAAGAAUUUAUUUUGCUGGCCAUGUGCGAACUCGAACUGCUAACAGACACAAGUCCCGUCGGCUUAAUGGACAUAACCAGAAAUCUCCUUCACAGAACUCGAGCCGGUGUGUGUACGCGCUCAUGUGUAUAUCUGGCCAAAAUGCGAACAGAGUAUUCAAAGCCGUUCGGCUUUUUCUAAACCAAAGGAUUGUAGCAUAUUAAGUGUUUUUAAUUUGUUGGAAGAUAUUUCAUGCAGGAGAAGGUGCUGAUGCCUGACAUCGUACAGCAAAGUGGUUGUUCAAGACUAUAUGGUAUCUGCCUUUCAUCAUUUUUGGGAUUGUUUUUUUAGAAAUGCAGCACUGAGUCGGAAACAAGGAACACUGAAUCUGAGCUUCAGCUCUGCUGUUAACCUGCUUUCAGGCUGUCAUGUUUCUCUUGCGGACAUGCAAAGCCAGACAUCACGUAGCUUGAAAAGUCGUCCUUGUGGUCUUUUAGGCUAUUGUAGUCUUAGAGGAAUAGUUCGACUCAGAAACUUGACAGCGUUUACUCCUUACUUUAAGUGUACUUGAUUAACCAAGACGUGAUUAGUGUUUAAAAUGUGCUUCUUCAGUUUUGCACUGGAUCUAGGCUGGUAAUAAAGCACAUGUAGAGGAAACGUACAGCUUUAGGAUCUCACAAGAGUGCAUUUGAUCACACACUUGACUUAAUAGACUGUGUGAGGGAUCCUGCUUCAAGCCAGAAAGUCUAAAAAUCUAAAAAGAGCAUAAAUUAUUCAGAGAAAUAAAGGGCACCACACUCUGGCUUUUUCUCACGCUUGUGUGGAAAAUGGGUGCAGUUGAAGCCCUCUUGAACGUGUCAAAGUGGAAAAUGUGUGCAGUUGAAGCCCUCUUGAACGUGUCGGAGUGACAUGUAGCCGUUGCACGCUACACAAUUCAAAGCCUGUUUUUAACCCCCAAGCGCUCUUGCCAAUUAGAUAAGUUUGAGGAGUGUGUUACAGGCUGCGUCUUUCACUUUAAACUCCACACUGAAGUGCAUAAUGAGUAGGAAAGAGCUGCUGAUGUGUUUCAAAUACCACCCUGUCUAUUAAACCUUUAAAUUAAUUCUCCACCAGUGUUGAUGUGGCUAUUUUAAACACAUUGAUUAGUAAGUAGUGUGUGGUUUGAGACACGGCGCCUUUCCUCUGCUCUGUAUGCUCUUCAGCACAAUGCAGUUGGAUGAUGAAGUUUCUAGCUAAUACACUCCUUCUGCUUUUAGUUCCUAUUUUUCAAUCAUUUUAGGCUGAUUUUAUCUAUCGUGCCCUUAAAUACACGUCUGUAUACGAAAGCUACAACAAAAUAUGAAUCUAAAUCUCUUCAUACACAGAACUAGGUUUGAGCCGCUCCUACUUCUAGACGUGCAGUUUGCCUCGGACUAACUGAUAACUGUUAGCCAUAUGCUUCCAUCAUGUGUCACAGAUUCAGUGCAAAACUAAAGAGACACAAACGUGACUGAUCGUCCUGGUUAAUUCAGUACAUCUGAGGUGAGGGGGAUGUGUGUACAUUUCACUUCUGGCUGAACUGUUCCUUUAAUUAUGAAAGCUACUGGAGAAUGAAUGACAGCUAGUUUUGGAUGCAGAACAAUUAAUGUCUCCCACAUUAUGUAAAACCAGGCCUGAUUUCUAACCAUUACGGUGUCUUAUGAAGGCUUAUGUCACACAUAUGUAGCAUUUAUACCUAAAAGCUCACAUUAAGUGCAUAACCCACCUACCAUCUGCUGAGCGUAUUUUUGUUUUGCCUUUUAUAUUGUUACUUUAGGUUAGUUUUUAUUUAUGACUGUCUGUGUGGAUGUUUUAUUGUAUUUUAUUGUCUUUUUUACACGUUUGUUUUUAUAUUUCUUAACGAAGGACCUAUAAAUGUAUUUCAUCUUUUUGGUAAUCAGAGCCCUUUAAUAAUUAGUCAUGUAUGUUGUAUAUUGAACAUUCGUAUAUUUCUUUAACCCGUAGUCAGGGGGCUGGCAUACUUCAGAUAUCCAUCCCAUUGUAUUCUCCAGCGACGCAGCCUCAUUUCAUCUGCAUCUAUUUUGACAUGGACCAAAUACCCUGGGGUGGAAGGUUGACGUUCUCUAUACUGAGGAGGUCUUUGUCCUGAAAUGGCUGCCGUACUUGCACGUAGGGUAUAAAGCCCCUUUUGUCGGCCUAGAGUCGGGCGCUUUUCCUCCAGCUGUGCCUCAGGGAGACUUCAGCUGUAGCCACCUGUGCCUGUAAAACCCUCAGUACAGAUUCCAAAUCCUGACAUACAGCCGGGUCCAGAACGAGUCGCUACCAAGAGCUGUACUUAUUAUUCUGCGACGACAACUAGUACGUAAUCUUUCCAGCAGGAUUACAUCUGUUUGCACUAUUAAGUCGUAAUAGUUUGGCCACACGCCGGACUGUUAGGCAACAACGUUAUUCCACUAAUGUCAUAACGAAAGAAUUCUUAAAAUCCCAAAUCUGUAAGGAAUUGAUAAAUCCCGUUAUUACCAGUUCAUGCAAUAAAUCUGAAUCUUCAGUCAGAUGCACGUUUGAAGCCUGUGUGUGGGAAUUUGUGCUGAUUCUUGUUGAAAGCCUUUUUAGAAGAGUGAAGGCUGUUAUAGCCACAAAGCCUGGCUAUAUUAAUGACCAUGGUUUUGAAAUGGAAUGUUCUAGAAGCUCAUGGUUAGGUGUCCACAUACUGUUAACUUUAUAGACAGCAUGAAUCAGGUGUGAAAGUGUUUUCGUGUGAUGUGUUUUCUCAGUUUCACAUCCUAAAUCUCUGACGGAUCAUUUAUUAAGUGCAUAUUGGUAUAAUUUCGAGAACAAGAACAGCUCUCGGUGCAACAGACUCAUUUUGAACCUGCACGUAAACCCAGAUCGGAUGAUCGGCCAAUCAAGUGAGACCAAUCGAACCUAAGGCCUUCCGUUUCCUUUGCGUCUAAUCAGGUCAACGUUCAUGAACCUUCCACACCUAACAAGCCCUGGGCUCCGGGUAGCAAAUGCCCCUUUCUGUCCGAUAGCAUCACUUUUCAUAUGUGUCACUCAGCAGCUGCAGGCAGCUCCGCCCACCGUCUUAAAGCUUCACGCCACCUAUACCGAUCGAUACUCUGUUCAAGUUCAGAUGCUGCAUGGUACUGCGUGUAUUGUGCCUCGAUAUCCAGUUGCACUAUUGUUUGUACAGCUAACUUGAAUGUGCAAUAAGAAAUUAUGAUGAUUACUGUAUGUAGUGAAAUAAUAAAGGCAGCACCACGGACCAUCA